UCUGCAUUAUGCUGUCCCAAAGACGGCAAAAAACCGGCAAUCAUAUCAUCAGCUAUCUCUAUAAAAACCAGCUUCUCAAUGAGAUUAUUUCCCAUCUCGAAUCUCGAUCACAAUUAAUCUUGUUUUCCUACACUCACAAGCUAAGUAAAUCAUUACAGAACAGAGGAAAAAAACAUGACAUCGUAUUUAGUCUUGGUGUGCGUGUUGGUUGCAAUUAGUUCAAAUGCUUUAGCAUCUGAUCCAAGCCCUCUUCAAGAUUUCUGUGUUGCUGAUCCCACAGGCCCUGUGAUGGUUAAUGGAUUUGCAUGCAAGGAUGCCAAGCUGGCACAAGCAACCGAUUUCUUCUUCAGUGGGCUCCACUUACCAGGCAACACUUCGAACCCCGUCGGCUCAAAAGUGACUCCAGUAAACGUAGCCCAAAUUCCAGGCCUCAACACCCUCGGAAUCUCACUAGCACGUGUAGAUUAUGCUCCGUGGGGGGUUAAUCCUCCGCACACUCACCCACGUGCAACCGAAAUUUUGACAGUGAUCGAAGGCACACUCGAAGUGGGAUUCGUCACAUCAAACCCUGAAAAUCGGCUUAUCACGAAAGUGCUUCAAAAGGGAGAUGUGUUCGUUUUCCCUGUAAAUCUUGUGCAUUACCAGAAGAAUGUUGGUACUGGAAAUGCAGUUGCUAUUGCAGCUCUAAGCAGCCAAAACCCAGGUGUUAUUACCGUUGCUAAUGCGGUUUUCGGGUCGAAACCUGCUAUUGCUAAUGACCUUCUUGCAAAGUCCUUUCAGACAGAUACUAAGACCAUUGAUUUGAUUCAAUCCAAGUUCUAAAUUACACUUUAUUCUCUCAUCAUUAAAGAUCUG